AAUAUGUCUUCUGAUUGUAUUAGCCACAUGGGAACUAUCAACUCGAAAAACGGAAUAACGCAACAUUGUUGUUAAGACGUACGGUGUUUUUUUAGAAAAAAAUAAUUGAUAGCACUGCUUGAAAUAUUAAUUACAACAAGCUGGCAUCAUCUACAAAUGUCUGGUCAAAAUUUUUCAAAAAAAAAUUGUUUUGAGAACGGUUCUUUUCUAAGUAUUCUUCAUUAAGGAUUUAAGAAAGCAUAAUUUAAAGAACAAAGAAAAAGAAGGGAGAAUUAUGUUCAAAAAACCUAGCAUUAGAGAUAAAGAAAACCAAAGGGAUCAGAAAGGAACUACGAAUGCCAAUGUCGGCGAGGAAGCGGCAGCUUCAGUGCGACUGCCGGCUAAAAAUCCUUUGGUGGAAGGUAAAGCGGAUAUUGGGAACUUGGUAAAAAAAGUUACAGCUUUAUCAACGACUGCUAAAACUAAUGUGCCUUUAAAAUCAACUAAAAUACGUGAUUCUGUUCAGAAUAAGAAAGAACAUAAGGAACCCGCUAAUACGAAAACACAAUUUAAAGAAAUAUCAAAUAGCGCAACGGAAAAGACUUUGAACACCGAUGGUGACGCCAAGAAAGCUGCAAUUAAAAUAGAAAAAAAGGAUAAAAAAUUGUGGACUCUUAGUAACUUUGAUAUCGGACGUCCAUUAGGACGUGGUAAAUUUGGUAAUGUUUAUUUGGCGCGUGAAAAAGAGUCCAAAUUUGUUGUAGCGCUUAAAGUUCUCUUCAAGCAACAAAUAAACGAGUGUAAAGUAGAACAUCAAGUACGUCGCGAAAUAGAGAUACAGUCCCAUCUGCGUCAUCCCAAUAUUUUACGUUUGUAUGGCUAUUUUCAUGAUGAGGCUAGGAUCUACUUGAUUUUGGAGUAUGCGCCCAAUGGUACUUUAUUUAAAGCGCUCCAAGAGCAACCAUUGAAGCGAUUCGAAGAGUAUCAAUCAGCUAUAUAUAUCAGAUCGUUGGCUUCGGCUUUGCAAUAUUUGCAUGGACGCGAUGUUAUCCAUAGGGACAUUAAACCGGAAAACCUACUAUUGGGUCAUAAAGGUGAUCUGAAAAUAGCUGAUUUUGGUUGGUCUGUACAUGAACCGAACUCACUGCGCACCACUUUGUGUGGUACUUUGGAUUAUUUGCCGCCAGAGAUGGUUCAAGGCAAACCGCAUACGAAAAAUGUCGACCUUUGGAGCUUGGGUGUAUUGUGCUAUGAACUACUAAUUGGUAAGGCUCCAUUUUUAGCCUCUGAGUACGAUGACACUUACAAAAGAAUAAUAAAACUUGACUAUAAGUUAGCUGAUCACGUAUCUAAAGCAGCGGCCCAUUUCAUAUCGAAAUUGUUAGUUGUAAACCCUGAACAGCGUUUGCCACUAGAUAAAGUCAUGAUGCAUCCAUGGAUAAUAGCUCAUACUCAAUAAAUUACGACCGUU